AUGUCCAGCAGCGGUUUCUCCAACGCUGAUACUGGCAACAAGCCGGCCGACCCCUACAAGCAGGCCAACCUCGACACCGAGGUGCCUCUGGAGCAAAAGAUCAAGGACCUCGCUGGCUUCAUGACCAGCAACAAGUUUAGCAUGAUGACCACUCGUGAUUCCAAGACGGGAUAUCUCCUGUCCCGCUGCAUGGCACUGGCCGCUACCGAAUCCGGUGGCAUCGACCUACUCUUCCACACCAACACCGAGUCCGGCAAGACGGACGACCUCAAGUCGGACGAGCACAUCAACAUCUCGUUCCUCAACAGCACGACGGGCGACUGGGCCUCAGUCAGCGGCACCGCCAGCAUCGUCACGGACCGCGACCUGGUCAAGAAGCACUACAGCCCCCAGCUCAAGGCCUGGUUCGGUGAUCUGGGCGACGGCGUCCAUGACGGCGGCCCGGAGGACCCCCGCGUCGGUGUCAUUCGCGUCAAGAUGACGACCGCUCACUAUGCCAUUUCGACCAAGAACAUUGUUGGCAAGGUUGCCGAUGUGGCGCAGGGCGCCAUCACGGGGAAGCCGGCGUCGGUGAACAAGUUGCGCGAGAUUAGCGAGCAGGAGGUCCGGUCUUGGAGGUCGUCGCACUAA